CAAACAUCAAUACUGGAUGGUUAGACUACUCAAUUUUUAGAAAAAGUAAAAAUACGAAUUUGAUUUUUUAUAAAAUAUAUAGAACAAACCAGUUUUCGUGUUCAUUAAAUUGUUUGCUUGACGUACCUAACCAUUUUGUACACUUCUGUCCUUUCACAAAUGGUUAAGCCAAGGCUAGUUUUCUUGGCUAUCGCAGGACCAAAAAAUGAACAAUUGUACCUAGAAGUUUUUGAUUCUGUUGAAGAUUCUUCAUUAUCAAAGUAUCAAUAUUUGAGCGAACUAAGUUUGGAUGUUAUUCAAGAUUUAAUUCAUGAUUCAGAAAGGACUUCUAAUGAUUGCUUCUUAGGACUAUUGGGCGUGGAAGAGGAUAUAAGUACCUACGCAUUUUGUAGUAACACAAAUGUAAAAUUCAUCUUGGCAGUCCGUUCAUCUGAUUUGGUAGUUCGUGAAUCAGAAAUCCGACAGCUAUUGCGAAGAAUUUAUACUAUCCAUACUCAUGCUGUGUGUAAUCCAUUCUCGCUAGAGCUAACUCCUGACACUCUGAAGCAUUCCCUUUAUUUUAAUGAGACCCUACGGCAGCUAAAUUCUGAUUGGAGUAAUCAAUAAGUGUUUACGUGAAACAUCGUGCUGAAGCUAUUCAUAUAUUCAAUUGUGUUUAUUCCAGUUCAGGACGCAGUUUAGAUUAACAAGAAUCACUUUUCUUUCAUAAACUAUAUGUACAUCUAUCCAUUUCGUGUUUAUAGCCUAACUUAAAUAUCGCAUAACUUUA